AUGUGCAAACUAAAACACUUGAACAAAGACGGCUAGGGAUGAGUGGUCACGUGACCAUGAGGAGAAGUAAUUGCCACGUGCCACCACAGGGUGUCGCUAUCUUCACAGAGACAAGUAGGAAAGGAAAGCAGUGUGGCUACGUGAGCAGUGGGCUCGGUUUAUGCAAAUCAGUUGUGAGCAAUCAGGCUGAUACUAGCGGAGUCCCACGACUCACCGGGCGCACAGUCGGUGUCUGGGCUCGGACUCGGUAGCGGUCGCCUUUCGCUCUGGAUUUUAUAGGACACCGGCUUGCUCGGAUGUGCAAUAUGACUUUUGAAGAAACCAAUGGAGAUAAUUCUUCAGAAAGGAUGGAAUCGGUGUCUAAAGCAUUAGAGGAGGUCCUGAGCUCUGCAUUGCCUCAGGGUUGCAUCACUGUUGGAGUCUAUGAGGCAGCAAAGGCACUAAAUGCGGAUCCAGACAAUGUGGUGUUGUGCCUGCUGGCCACAGACGAUGAGGAGGAUGUGGCUCUCCAGAUUCAUUUCACCUUAAUCCAGGCUUUCUGCUGUGAGAAUGACAUCAACAUCCUGCGGGUGAGCAACAUGCGGCGUCUGGCAGAAAUCCUGGGUGGGGUGAAACCUGGAGGGGAGCCCAUGGACCUGCACUGUGUUCUGGUUACUAACCCGCAGUCAUCACUGUGGAAGAACCCUGCACUGAGCAAAGUGAACAGAUUCUGCAGAGACAGUCGCUGUUUGGAUCAGUGGGUGCCUGUUAUCAACCUGCCUGACCGGUGAAGCUACCUGGAAUAUUAAUGUAUUGUUGGGGGAAAAGUAACUUCACAAGGCCUGUAUUAGUGUCUGUGUUGGACUCCUUUGGAAUGCACCCCAGACAGAGAGAGAGAGAGAGAGAGAGAGAGAGAGAUGGGAGGGGCAGAAAAAUGCACACGAAGAAGAGAGAUGUUCCAGCACAUGUAGCAGGUCAGGGUGAACUUGUGGGCGGAGUGACUCAGCGGUGUUCGUUCCAGGACUUCCCAUGUAUGACUGUGCCUUUCUCUGCUGAGAAAGAAGCUUUUACAGGAAACUGAAUCAUGUGAGCAGACAAGUGCACGUGGUGGGGAGCACAAGUACAGAAGUGGAGAGAAGCAGACAGAAAUCCUCAGUUAGCAAGACUCCAAGAAGUGGACUGUGCUGGAGUGGACCAGCCAGAGCUCUCAGCUCGAAGAAGUCUUCAUGACAAUUUGACCAAAUCCAUGCAUUUUUUUUAACAGCAUAUUUAUUCAGUGGUAUUUAAGACUUGUCACUUUGUUAGCUCAAAAAGGCACGUUUUCACAGUUUAGGGCAACACAUUGUUUAGACUUGUCCAUUCAUUGAUGUUUUAUGUGUUAAUAAUUUAAUAAAUUAUAUUUAUUGUGCAUAGCUAAUGGAAUUUAAGGUGAAUAAAAUAAACUACCAACAGUUCUCAGGGUGGU